AUGGCUUGGUUUCUACUCAUUCUUCUCUGCCUAGGAAAAUCAAGGGCUCAGUUUUUAGAUGCUACUAACACCAGCGAUUCAAACUUAGAAGAACGUUUGUUAAGCUUGCUUCAAAGAUUCCAGAAGGAGGAAUCCUACGACACCCUUCUGAUUUAUGGAAAAGAUUGCGCUUUCCCAUCUUUAGCCAGAAGACUGCAAGUUCCCACCGUUCUUGCGACUUUGGGUAAAACCAACUUCGACUGGAAUUUCAGCAGUUCUACGUUUAUACUCAGCUGUGGGCUUGGAGACGAGAAGGAGGAUAACUAUCGCACUCUUAUGAAGCUACAAAGAAACCGACGAUUAAUCUUGCUUCGAGAGGACAAACAACCAGAUUCUGUAUGCGAGUACUACUCGAAGAAGGAGCAAUAUAAUAUAGCUAUAGUGAAGGAGAACUUCGAUCAGCUCGACGUGAUAUAUUCUUGUCGCUUGUUUGAAGAUCAAAAGUAUGAAAAACUUAACUUUUCCGAGAAUAAACCGAUUUUUGUAAAACAAUUUCAAAACAUGCAAGGAGCGCCAAUCAAGACAAUCACAGACAACUUGGCUCCUCAGACCAUGACUUACUGGGAUAGCAAAUCUGGUAAACAGAAGUAUAUAGGUUUCGUGGCCAAUUCGCUUUUGCACUUUAUUAAGAAGGUUAAUGCCACCAUGAUAAUGCAUGCGGAAUCUAUAGAUGUUGGACAGGAAACGUCUUUCAUUAAUAUUUCGGAAUGGGCUACCAAUGAUCAGGUGGAUAUUGGCAUGUGCCAGGCCGCCUAUUAUGAUAAGACAAACUUCGAUACGGUCUCUUACCCAUACUUGAUGAGUUCCAACUGCUUCAUGGUACCUCUUCCGGAUCGGAUGCCUUUCAGUCAGGUCUACAUGGCGAUCGUGGAAUUACCAGUUUUGAUAGUGAUCUGUGUAUUAUUCUGCAUCUUUUCGGUGAUGCUGAUCUACUUUAAGGAAAAGUCUUUGCGUGGUCUCGGCUUGAUCAGCGUCCUGAUGAACGAUAUAUGCUUCAGAGGAUUCUUGGCUCAGUCGUUUCCAUUUCCACGUUACUCCAACAGGAAAGUGAAACUGAUUUUAAUGCUUCUAUGCUUCUCCAGUCUAAUAACCACAACCAUGUACACGGCUUACCUGCAGACCUUCUUGUGGAGUCCACCAGUUGAUCCCUUCAUGACUGCCUUUGCAGACCUGGCUAAAUCCAGAUACAAGGUGGCCAUACCCUUAUAUGCAGUGGAAACACUACGUACAACGAACGUCAGCAUGGAUCACGUGCUGAUAUUUGAGGACCUAUACGAAUUCUUGCGAUUAAGAGCAACUUUUAAUGACAACUAUAUCUAUCUGGUGACAGAACUUCGAUGGCUCACCUUCGAGGAGCAACAGAAGCUAUUUGCAUAUCCACUUUUCUACUACUCAGAAACACUCUGCCUACAUUAUCUCGAAUACUUCAACUUUCCUAUUAGACGGUUUCUGCCAUAUCGCGAUCUCUUCGAGGAGAACCUGCUGCGACAAAAGGACUCUGGCCUAGCCUCGUACUGGCUCGAUAGCAGCUUUAUGCACAUGUUAAGAUUAAAUCUUACAAAAGCGGAUGACUUAAGUCCUCCUCAUUUAGAAGAUUACAUCGAAGUGCAUAAUCUUUCCUGGGUUUUUGGCAUGUACUUCGCUGGACUGGGCCUUAGCUUGUGUUGUUUUAUCCUGGAGCUAAUGAGGAUUCCAAAUUGCUGGAGACGGCUUAGAAUCUUUAAGUGUUAA